GCUCCUUCAGCUUCACACCAGUCUCUCGAUCUUGGUUGAUCCAAGGCUCGAUCAAUCUUCGCCCGUGUGUCUCUUGGGAACAGACAUCUGGUCGCCUCACCACAACAGCUCAUAGCCGAUCGAUGGAUGCACCCUCUUGUGAAUCCCUGAGUCAUCAUUGAGGCUGGUAAAUAGUAGAGUUUCGUGUACGGUGUCCCCAGCCACACCGGCACUCUUGCUGUCAAGGUAGCGACCCCAGGAGGCUGCAGUACUCGCGCCGACGGGCUAUACAGCAUGGCAGCUGCGGUCCUGCCCGACUCGUCCAACUUUCUAGGGAUUGCCCUCGUGGUCAAUCGCUCACGGGACGGACCCCGUUUCGUAUUCCACUAUCCACCUGACAUCACGCCCUCGCGAGACAGAUCGCAUGGUGCUGCCAAAUCAGCUGCCAUUGCCGGGUCGGCGAUCGCGGCCGACGAGCUGGACGACGAGGAUGACGUGCUCCUCGAACACUUCACGCGCCCAGCCAGUGGCACAGUUCCCGGAGCAGUGCCAGGCAGCGAGCGCAUGGGUGCGACCAGCAGCUCUUCUGCUGUGCCCUGGGAACAUGUCGCCGGCUACCCUACAAAGGACCUGGAGAGCCUGUUGACGCCGUCGCGCGCGUUUCACAAGAAGCUCUUCCAAGUCUCACUGGAACGGCUCUACUUUGUCUCAUAUCCUGUCUACGUGCCCGAGAGCGGCAUCUGGAAGUCCAAGAAGCGGAGAAGGAGGAAGGCUACACGGUCCCAGACUCAAGCAUCCCAUUUCACCGAUAACGGCACGCAUCCCCGGGAACAAAGCCCACGACCGCUUGACAAGGCUACGACUUGGGAAUCGCAGCAUCUCAGUGCCGCAGAAGGAUCGCAGGAUGAAGCUGACAGGGCGACGGAUGCCGUCCUUUCCGACAACGAAGGGCUGGAUAAGGAGGAAAAGAAGAGCGGAAUGACCAUGUUCAACGUCGUCUUCAUUCUGAACCCGAAGAAGCAUGAGGCUGGUGAGCUUAUCGACACCUUGUACUCGCACAUUAUCAAGAAGAUCAACAAAGCAUACAAGUACAGCCAGGAGAAAAGUGAUUUCAUGUGGAAAGAGUCCAAGGGGAUCCUUGCGCUCAAGGAUAAAGGCCGUGAGAGGAAAACGAAAGUCGAGGUUCUCUGGAAAGAAAUCCUCCAAACUUCAUCGCUCGCAGCGUCCAUUCAAGACGUGUACGAGGCCAUAUCGCACAACCGAAUCGCGGCACUCCAGUUGGAGACUGCCGAAGGACCAGUCACACACUCGGUACAGAUUCCGGUCCCAUUUUACGUGACGGACUUGCCUUCGGAAGACCAUGUGCGUCCGCAGGGGCUGUGGAUCACCACCGCAAAUAGCUUCGUCGAGGAUAGCCUAGACGAUCCAGGCUUCUUGGACAGAAAUUUUGCACUGCUCCUCAUCAGCGACGAGAAAAAAGUAAUAGCAGAGUUACAAGCGGACUCGGAUGAGACAACUGCAGCGAUGGUUGAGUUUGUUCGGCUCACGAAGCCCACAAUGUCCAUACAUCAGAUUGGACAUGGAAAUACGCUUUCGCCAGCCCAGGUGCGCAAGUACGCGCAGCACUUCAUAUUCUGGCGCCGGGCGAUCGCCAUUCCCCCUCUUCACGCCCGUGAUGUCUAUAUCAUGUCACCCAAUAGCAACGCGAGCGCUUUACCUCAGGCGUCUCGAGCAUGGACACGGGCAUUCCCACUGGCGCCACCGUUGCCGAACUUCCUGGCAGACCUAUCUGUUGCACCUCGCUCCUACAAGUCAUUCGCACCCAGCAAGAGCCACCGGCCAACGUAUCUGCAAAUGCUGGCUUGGCUCAUGCGUGGCGGGUGGGUCACGCAGCUCUGCACUUUUGCCUAUGUUGUCGUUUGGCCUGAGAUUCUGUACGAGGUCGAAUACCAACUCGAAGCCGACGAGCUCAAAGCAGUUGCCGCGCAAAGUGCGCAAAUGUCACCAGCAUCGCCCUCGGGAAGGAAGGGGUCAAGUCCUAGUGGUGGUAAUAUGGCCGCUACGAACUCUCUGGACGACCUGGUCUCUCCGACUGGAUCUGUAUCGGAUACUUCCGAGUACAUGCAGUACCCUCAGAACCUGCAGCACCAGCGGCAUAUGUCUACAUCAUCGGUAGACUCGGUGUCCAUGGAGGCCUCACAGAUCUCUACAGUCAGCGCCAGCAGCGAGAGAACUGCAUUCGCAUCACCGACAUCAGCUACCGGUCCAUCAAUGCCCGAUUCUUCCAUGAGGCAAUCUACCACCCUGAUGAUGACGACGACGACGACGACAGGCGAGCUGGCCGCCGAGAAAGCCCGACUCUCACGCAUCGCGGAGAAGAGCCAGCGCGAAGCAGCCGAAAAGGCCGCUGCGCACGCUCGGAAGCCUGUGCCGACAGGAACCCCGGCGCCGUCCAAGAACUCGGCGUCACAUCUCUCCCAUUUGCAGCCAUACAUCAUUGUUGACGCGAAAAAGGCCACUGGCCACGACUCCCUGUAUCUGUCUGCCAUUGGGCGGCGGUUCAAAGAUCCGAAAGUCCAGAGAGCAUGGCCCGUGUUCUGGAAAUACUUUAAUGGUCGCACGGCACUGGAGCGCAUAGCUCUGCAAGAGGACAAUAUGAAGAGGAAGGAAGCCUGGGCACUCUUAACCGCAAUGAGCGAGCACCUGGUCACCGUGAGGCAUUGGUAGGCACUGUCUACGGUAUGGCUCAUUCAAUCUUAGAAUGUGGCUUGGCACACACCUGCCACUAGGGAUAGAACCUGUACCGUCUCAGAU